GCACUGUGACGCACUUCCGGCGCUCUAAGAGAGGAAGAUGGCUGCGCCCCAGCAGCAAGCUUCGGCGGCUUCUUCAGCUGUUGGUGUAUCGGGUCCAGGUUCGGCCGGCGGCCCGGGUCCUCAGCAGCAGCCACAACCGCCGGCACAAUUGGUGGGGCCUACCCAGAGUGGGCUCCUGCAGCAACAGCAACAAGACUUCGAUCCUGUGCAGCGCUAUAAGAUGCUCAUCCCGCAGCUGAAGGAGAGUCUACAGACCUUGAUGAAGGUUGCAGCCCAGAAUUUGAUUCAGAACACUAACAUUGACAACGGACAAAAGAGUAGCGAUGGACCCAUACAGCGCUUUGACAAGUGCCUGGAGGAGUUCUAUGCGCUCUGUGAUCAGCUGGAGCUCUGCCUGCGCCUGGCACACGAGUGCCUAUCGCAGAGUUGUGACAGUGCCAAGCACUCUCCAACACUGGUGCCUACGGCCACCAAGCCAGACGCAGUACAGCCCGACAGCCUACCCUACCCGCAGUACCUGGCGGUCAUCAAAGCCCAGAUUGCCUGUGCCAAAGACAUUCACACCGCCCUACUGGACUGUGCCAACAAGGUCACAGGCAAGACGCCUGCACCACCUACUGGCCCGGGGGGCACCCUCUGAAGUGGCAGGGCAGGGAGUGGGGCAGGUGGUGAGGGGUGGGGAGCAGAGAAGGA